AUACAAAAUUUUCAAAUUUCUCUUCUAUCUUCUGGUAAUACCCAAGAAUUUGGUCAAUAUUUUCAAAAAUGUUAUCUGCACAAUAUGAAAUCCUGGGCGUACUGAUCACUUGCAUGCAGGAAUAAAUACAAAUAUGAGCAUAGAACGAAUGCAUCAAACGAUUAAAUAUUUGUAUUUAAAUGGAAGACAAGUACGAAGGCUGGAUAAAACUAUCAAUAUCUUGAUUAAAUUAAUUAAAGACAAAUUGUUUGAACGGCUUAUUACGUUGAAUAAAGGUAAAAUAUCCAGCAAAUUACGAGAGUUACGGAAAAGGCACAAAACAAGUCUUAAUUUAGAUAUGGACACCAUUGUCAUGUCUGAAAUGGGCUGGGAGAUACCAUCAAGUUCAACCAAUGAUAUCUAUUUAGUUCAGAAAAACAAACCCAGUUGUGACUGCCAAUUAGUCUGUGAUUUGUGCCAAUCCUGUCUACAUUCAUAUUCCUGUACAUGCUUGGAUAACAGUAUAAGAUGGAAUAUGUGCAAACACAUACAUCUUGUGUGCCAAUUUAUGAAAGGCUAUCAAAUUCAAGAUACUAAUGCAGAUGAAGAACAUAUAAUAAAUACAGAUGAGGUAAAAAUUAAACAAGCUACAGAGCAAGCAAAAUUUGUGGAAUUUGUGAGUAAGUCUUGUAAUAUCAAUCAAGAAAAAACGUCCAAACAACUGGAAGUUGAAAAACAGAAAUUGAUAGAAAUACAAACCCAAAUAAUUCAAAAUAUAACAACUUUUGAACAACUUGAGGCAUUUAAAAGUAUUACAGCACCCUUGGUGCCUACAUUAAGGACAUUAGCAGAACAUUCUGGAAAUGAACUUAAUAUUGUGGCACUAUCUCAUGGCACACAAAACAUUCCACACAAUAAAAAAGUAGUUGCUCAAAAACGUUUAUUUUCCACCAAGAAAAAAACUACAAAGUCAAAAAAAAAGCUGUUAUCAAAACCUGAUCCUGAAGAAACAAAUUUGAUAGCAAAUCAAUUAAUGCUACAAGUAAAUAAUGUGCUCUUUAAUUAGAAUAAAAUCUUUAUUUGUAUACAUUAUUAAUUUGUUUG